AUGCCAAUGGAUUGCAUGAUGGCUGACGGGCUGGGUGUCGGCAAGAUCCGUGCUGCUAUGUUAUGUCGGCAGGCUGUGCUCAUAGGUCAUGUGAUGGCAUGCUUGGGUGUGAUGAAUGGACGUCGUAGACCAGAUAAAUCUUUUUCUCAGCGCCAAACAUCUGUGCCGGCUGCCCCCACGCUCAGCAGCAGAGUGUUGCUGUUGCUUGCCAUAGCGUGCGCUUUUGCCGAUGACUCGAAAGAGAAUUCAAAUGAGGAAUCCAAGGAGAGGAACUACCGCAAAUAUAUCGGCGAGAAGGACUACAAGCUUCCGUUCAAGACUCGCGUCAGCGAGGCAUUCGUCGUCGGACAGACUAUUCAUGCUGUCGGAAUGCUCACCGAGAAGCCAACCAGGAUUGACUUCAAUUUCCACAAAGGUGCUGCCAAAGAUGCCGACCUACCAUUACACUUCUCCAUCCGAUUUGACGAAGGAUUUUUCUCUGGGAAACUCGUUUACAACACCUUCAAAGACGGCAACUGGUCGGAUAACGAACAACGCAUUUCUAAUCCGUUCAAAGCUGGCCAAGAAUUCGAUCUUCGAGUGAGAAUCCUCGAGGGGAAGUUCCAGGUAUUCGCCAACAGAGUAGAAGUCGGCAUCUUUGAGCAGCGUCAACCACUUGAUGGAGGUUUCACGUUUCAGAUCGACCAUGUGUCAAUCCGCGGUGAUCUGGAAAAACUACGUUUAUUCCACUACGGCGGUCGCAUUUUUCCGAAUCCUUACAUGGCAGUAGCUGAGCUGAAACCGGGAAAACGUCUCGACAUCUCCGCACUGGCCACUGGAAAGCGUGCUAAUAUCAAUCUCUAUCGCGAAAACAAAGAGUACGCUCUGCAGGUUUCGAUCCGAUUCAAUGAAGGCGCGAUCGUCCGAAACGCGAUGAACGACAAUGUGUGGGGCAAGGAGGAACGGGAGGGAGACAUGCCGAUCAGCAAGGGCGAAGUCCUCUGGCUGACUGUUGGUCGUUUCAGCUUUGAUUUGACGAUUAUCAACGAGGAGUUCUCUUUCCAAAUCUUCUUCAAUGGCAAGCGAUUCGCCUCGUUUUCGCAUCGCGGAUCGCCCACCGACAUAAAGACGCUCGAGAUCGACGGAGACGUCGAGGUAACUCUUCUCAGUUAUUAUUUCUCUCACUUCUUAACAAUUUCCAUUGCACAUAUCUCGAACAUGACCACUUUUUGA